GGAAAGCGCCCCUCCCGUAAUCGAGAUCGAGCCAACCGCCAAUCCCAAAUCGAUUCCGAGGCGCCAUGGCCUCCGCUGCGACUGCGACGCCUGCGCCUUUGCUCCCCGUGACCAACCCGGCGGCCGGCGGCGGCUCCGCGCCGCCCUCGGGCGCGGUCCUCUCCGACGCGGCGCUCGCCACGCCGGCCUUCCGCCUCUUCGUGGGCCGGCUGGCCGACACGGCGCGGCGCUCGCUCGCGGACCGGCGUCCCUGGACGGAGCUGCUGGACCGGUCGGCCUUCUCCCGCCCGGACUCCCUCUCCGAGGCCACCUCGCGGCUGCGGCGCAACCUCGGCUACUUCCGAGUCAACUACGCCGCCGUGGUCGCCUUCUCCCUCGCGGCCUCGCUCCUGGCGCACCCCUUCUCCCUCCUUGUCCUCCUCAGCAUCCUCGGCGCCUGGUGCUUCCUCUACGUCUUCCGGGCCUCCGACCAGCCCGUCGUGCUCUUCGGCCGCACCUUCACCGACCGCGAGACGCUGCUCGGCCUCGUCGUCGCGUCCGUGCUCGCCUUCUUCCUCACCUCCGUGGCUUCGCUCAUCAUCUCCGGGCUCCUCGUCGGGGGCGCCAUCGUCGCCGCGCACGGCGCUUGCCGCAUGCCGGAGGACCUCUUCCUUGAUGAUCCCAGCGCUGCGUCCAAUGGCAACACCACCAGCAGGCUGCUGUCCUUCCUCGCGUCGCCCGGAUCUGGGGUUUGACGCGUCCACGACGGGUAAAAUCCAGUAGGGUUUUUGUGCUCGAGGAAUUCAUUUGAAGUCAAGAUCUGAAAAUCGGUAGAAAAUCUGGCCCCGUAGCCGCAGCAAAGAGCUUCUCGUUCCUAUGGUAGUACUUAAUUGUGAGUAUCCAUGGAUAUGCAGAUCUGAUUUUGUUCUAAUAUGUGUCUCGAAUUAUGCAAAGAUCUGCAAGAGCUGUACUUCUCUUACAUUUCACCAGAUGUGGUGACAGUGAGCAUUAUCAAAUUGCUAACAUGUAUCUAUGGUGCUCUUUGAUUUGUUUGGACAUCAUGGGAAAUUUUUUUGGAUCUCCAGUUACUUUU